UCACGUCCUAAUGCUGUCAAUGUGUUUGUAAUGCUGUAUGCGUUGAGUGUAUGUCUGUGUCUGUCGUGCAGUCGUAUUGCAGUGAAAGCCGGCGAACAGUUUUGAACCGAUUUUGUGACACAAACUCGAGAAACACGCGUUGAAACUCAUCUGUCCAUCACUGGAGGACAUCUCGUUGUCUGACGGACUCGACCACAGCCUCGCAGGCCAUCGGAUCACACGAUUGUCUGCCAUAUUGUGUGUGGCAUACAAUCGUUGCCCAAACGCUGCCCAUCCAGAGCUCAGUCGUUGAUCACCCGCUCGGGUCCUAUCGUUCGCCUACUUCUUAGGCACACACUUAUACCGGAAGUGGUUUCUGUCGAGACAUCUGUUUCUGUCGUUUAUUUGUAGUUUUAAUUAUAAUUUAUAUAUCGAAACGCCAUUCAAACCCAUUGGACACCAAUCGACACAACCAUAUAAGCCAUGUCUUCGGGUUAUAGUCUGGAGGAAUCAAAUGCCGACCGAAAUGUCGAGAUUUGGAAAAUCAAAAAACUCAUCAAAAGCCUUGAGGCCGCACGAGGUAACGGGACGUCAAUGAUAUCGUUGAUUAUACCACCGAAGGAUCAAAUAUCUCGGGUGUCGAAGAUGUUGGCCGACGAGUUCGGCACCGCGUCUAACAUCAAGAGUCGCGUGAAUCGACUGUCCGUUUUGGGCGCCAUAACCUCAGUUCAGCAUCGGUUGAAGUUAUACACAAAAGUGCCGCCCAAUGGACUCGUCAUCUAUUGUGGAACUAUUGUCACCGAAGAGGGAAAGGAGAAGAAAGUGAACAUCGAUUUCGAGCCCUUUAAGCCAAUUAACACAUCUCUAUAUCUCUGUGAUAAUAAAUUCCAUACCGAAGCCCUGUCCGCACUUCUGGCCGACGACAACAAGUUUGGUUUCAUUGUAAUGGACGGCAACGGAGCCCUCUUCGGCACAUUGCAGGGCAACACUCGCGAAGUUCUUCACAAAUUUCCCGUCGAUUUGCCAAAAAAACACGGACGUGGAGGUCAGUCAGCUCUCCGUUUCGCGCGACUUCGGAUGGAAAAGAGACACAAUUACGUUCGCAAAGUGGCAGAAGUGGCCACAACUCUCUUCAUUUCUAACGACAAACCAAACAUAUCGGGACUAAUACUGGCCGGAAGUGCCGACUUCAAGGCAGAGCUCAAUCAAUCAGAUAUGUUUGAUCCGAGACUUCAAGUAAAAGUAUUAAAAUUAGUGGACGUCUCUUAUGGCGGCGAAAACGGCUUCAAUCAAGCCAUUGAAUUGUCUGCAGAAGGCAACACUCGCGAAGUUCUUCACAAAUUUCCCGUCGAUUUGCCAAAAAAACACGGACGUGGAGGUCAGUCAGCCCUCCGUUUCGCGCGACUUCGGAUGGAAAAGAGACACAAUUACGUGCGCAAAGUGGCAGAAGUGGCCACAACUCUCUUCAUUUCUAACGAUAAACCAAACAUAUCGGGACUAAUACUGGCCGGAAGUGCCGACUUCAAGGCAGAGCUCAAUCAAUCAGAUAUGUUUGAUCCGAGACUUCAAGUAAAAGUAUUAAAAUUAGUGGACGUCUCUUAUGGCGGCGAAAACGGCUUCAAUCAAGCCAUUGAAUUGUCUGCAGAAGUCUUGUCUAACGUUAAGUUUAUUCAAGAGAAGAAACUCAUCGGUCGUUAUUUUGAUGAGAUAUCUCAAGACACGGGGAAAUACUGUUUCGGAGUGGAGGACACACUGAAAGCACUAGAAAUGGGAUCCGUCGAGAUUCUGAUCGCGUGGGAAAACCUCGAUAUCAUGCGAUUCUCGCUGAAGAACGCAAACACUAAUGAAGAGAAGAUCCUUCACUUGACUCCCGACCAGGAAAAGGACAAAAGCCAUUUCGUUGACAAAGACACGGGCGUCGAGUUGGAACUGUUGGAGUCCAUGCCUUUACUCGAAUGGUUGGCUAAUAAUUAUAAGCAAUUCGGAGCCACCCUUGAAAUCAUCACUGAUAGGUCUCAAGAGGGCUCGCAAUAUGUUAAAGGAUUCGGUGGAAUAGGG